AAACUUUUUUUUUACUUUCCAGGUGACUAUGAUGGUCGAUCUCUUCAGUUCUUGACUGUGGACACAUCACAACCACCUCCAGGCUACUUACCCCCUGCACCUUUCUUGGGCGGGAUGCCUCCAACUCCUAUGGCUGUUCCACCUCCUACUUUAGAUUAUGCUCAAAUUCACCCUCCCCCUGAUAAACCCAAAAGUCCACGAGAAGAAGGAGAACAUUCAGAUGACAGCGAUGAUGUCAAAGAAAUUCACCAUGAGGAUCUUGAUCCUGAAAGACGUCAGCGUAGCCGGUCGCGGUCUAGAAGUCGGUCGCGACGUAGAAGACGUUCUCGAUCUCAUUCACGAUCCAGGUCCAGAUCCAGACAUCGAAGGUCACGAUCACGUUCCAGGGGUCGCAGGUCGUCCUCUAGGUCACGCAGGAGGAGAUCUCGGUCAAGAGAAAGAGACAGAGAUAGAGAACGUGAUAGAAGAGAUCGAGAUAGAGAUAAAGAUCGUGAUAGGGAACGUGAGAAGGAGCGAGAAAAGGAAAAACUUGACCCAGAGAAGGAGCGUGUAAGAGAGAAGGAGCGCGAAAAAGAGAAAGAGCGGAGGAAGCGAGGGCUUCCGCCUGCUAAGAAGGAGCAUUUGAGCGUCUGUUCCACAACAUUAUGGGUUGGCCACUUAUCAAAGCUUGUUCACCAGGAAGAGCUGUCUGAUACUUUUGGAGAGUAUGGUGACAUCGUCUCUAUUGACUUAAUUCCUCCUCGUGGAUGUGCAUUCAUAUGUAUGAACAGACGUCAGGAUGCUGCAAGGGCGUUAUCCAAGUUAAAGAACCACAAAAUGCAUAAUAAAGCUAUAACAUUAGCCUGGGCCCCUGGCAAAGGUGUAAAAGGUAAGGAGUUCAAGGACUACUGGGAAGUAGAUGUUGGCUGCUCAUACAUCCCAUUCCACAAGUUAAUCACCAUGAGUAGCAUUGACUUGGACAACCUGGAAGAAGGUGGCAUGAUUGAUGAAGAAACUGUUCCUGAUUGGCUCAGAGGGCGCUAUGGUUUGGAAGGAGCACCUCCUGGACCUCCACCAGGUUUUGUGCCUAUAGGAGUACCACCUGGUCACCCACCAAAUACUCGUAGCCAAGAAAUUGUUGCACCUUUACCUCCUAUGCCACCUCCGCCAGUAGAAAAAAACCAAGACGUUUCAAGAGAUGUCCCACCGCCCCUGCCUCCUAGUGCCCCAGUUCUACCACCUCCAACAAUGUUACCACCACCGUUUGGUCUCCCUAAUAUGCCACGUAAGUUUCACUUUGAUAAUAGUUUUUCUUUUGAUCUUUUGUUUACAUAUUACUGGUCUUUUUUAGUUAUUAUAAUUUUAAUGAAAUCUGUUACAAUGUAGUUCAGUGGUGUGAUC